AUGCAUACGUUAACUAAAAUCAUUCGUCUAUUCAUUGAUGGUGUAGUUGAUGACGCAAGUGCAUCAAUCGUAGAUGUACGUGCUCGAUCUAUUGAUGAAGUCAUCGGAUGUCGAGUGUCUUCAAGUGGUCUUUGUACAAUUCAAGUUGCGCCUAAUAUACCAAUGGCAGAUAUAGAACUUCGACUUAUCAAACAUUUGACGUUUGACAACUAUCGUGCGAUGUUCGUCUUCGAUGCUGAAGCUCCACAUAUAACUCGUAUUGAAAUACUUUUGACUGGUGUGCACAGACUCAAUCAUCAUUAUGUUUCCGAUCGAUUAUAUCAAGGCAUUCAAGGACUUGUGUCAUGUCGUUUCAUGGAUAUUGAUGAUAAUGAUGAUAGUUGCAUCGAACUAAAAUAUGAUUCGAGAAAUCUAAGUCGCUUUGAACUACUAUCAAUCAUGUAUAGUCUUGGCUAUUCGGCACAAAUUGAUUCGAAUGAUACAAGUUUGAAAUCUGGCAUAGUUGUGGUACAAAUACGUAUUGAAGGCAUGCAUUGUAAUUCAUGUGUGUCGAAUAUUUGUGCCACGAUUGGAGAUCUUCCGGGUGCUAUUGAUAUUAAAUUGACAUUUGAAGAGAAAAUUGCCGUUGUAACUUAUGAUUCUCGCAUUUUAAGUCUUGCUCAUAUUGUAACUGAAAUUGAAAAACUUGGUUUCAAAGCUGCCGUAUCAACUGAUCAUUAUGAAAUCGGUUUGCCUCUCUUUUUUUACAAUACAGAUUCUAAAAAACAAUCACCACUCAUAAGAAGUCGUUUCUCUAAUUGA